GAAAACGGCCGGCCGGGGCUGGAGCUCGGUGUAACGGGACAGGGAAGCCUUCCGCGAGAAAGGGGAACAUAAGUUUGGACAUGAGGGAUAACCCGACAUAACUUUGUUUGGAAAAUAAAUUAAAAAAAGGCAAGAGCUUAAGGAAAACAGACUGUUUGAAAAUUUCGAACGUGUCGUUUGAUUUGUGACUAAAAGAAAAAAAAAUGCGGUUUCCAGAGGUGAACUUUGAGGAAAGGUGCGCUCAGUGAGACACGCCAAUGCUUGCGACAGCACUUUAAAUCAACUUUUUGAACUGUCUUCCCCCUGUGAGUUUCGCUAAGAGUUAUCAUGGCAGAACAUGAAAGCCUGGAGUAUGGAAAGGCAGAUUUUGUGCUUUUGGACAGCGUGUCAAUGGAGGACUUCAUGGCCAACUUAAAGCUCAGGUUUGAGAAGGGGAGGAUCUACUCCUACAUCGGGGAGGUGGUGGUGUCCGUCAACCCGUACCGGGCCAUGAACAUUUAUGGCCGGGACACCAUAGAGCAGUACAAGGGCCGUGAGCUGUACGAGAGACCCCCCCAUCUCUUUGCCAUUGCAGACGCUGCUUACAAGGCCAUGAAGAGGAGGAACAAAGACACCUGCAUCGUUAUCUCAGGGGAAAGUGGUGCAGGAAAGACAGAGGCCAGCAAAUACAUAAUGCAAUACAUUGCUGCUAUUACCAAUCCUAAUCAGAGAGCUGAGAUUGAAAGAGUGAAAAAUAUGCUGCUUAAAUCCAACUGUGUCUUGGAGGCCUUUGGAAAUGCUAAAACCAACCGCAAUGACAACUCCAGCCGCUUUGGCAAAUACAUGGACAUCAACUUUGACUUCAAAGGAGAUCCAAUCGGUGGCCAUAUUAGCAACUACCUGUUGGAGAAGUCGAGGGUCAUUUUCCAACAAGAUGGAGAGAGGAGCUUUCACUCAUUCUACCAGCUGCUUAUAGGAGCUCCAGAUUCUCUGUUGCGCUCUCUUCACAUCCAAAAAGACCCAGCAGCCUACAACUACAUCAGAGUUGGAGGCCAGAUUAAGUCUGGAAUCAAUGACGGCGCUGAUUUCAAAGCUGUAGCCGACGCCAUGAAAGUCAUCGGUUUCACAGGAGACGAGAUUCAGACUGUUUACAAGAUCCUGGCUACCAUUCUGCAUCUGGGAAACUUGACGUUUGGAGUGGACGGCGAUGUGACCCUCAUAGAGAACGUGAAGCUUGUGUCUGUGAUCAGAGAGCUGCUUUCCACCAAAGAAGAAAACGUGGAGAAGGCACUGCUUUACCGGACGGUCGCCACCGGUCGAGACGUCAUCGAAAAGCAGCACACGACCCAAGAGGCCAGCUAUGGGCGGGAUGCUCUGGCUAAGGCAAUGUAUGAGCGUCUGUUCUGCUGGAUCGUGGGCCGGAUCAAUGACAUUAUCGAAGUGAAAAACUAUGAUGUCAAAGUCCACGGGAAAAACACCGUCAUCGGAGUGCUGGACAUCUAUGGCUUUGAGAUUUUCCAGAACAACAGCUUUGAACAGUUCUGCAUCAACUACUGCAAUGAGAAGCUGCAGCAGCUCUUCAUCCAGCUGGUGCUGAAGCAGGAGCAGGAAGAGUACCAAAGAGAGGGCAUCCCCUGGAAACAUAUCGAUUACUUCAACAAUCAGAUCAUUGUGGACCUGGUGGAGCAGCAGCAUAAAGGCAUCUUUGCGGUCCUGGAUGAAGCCUGCAUGAAUGUGGGCAAAGUCACAGAUGAGGUUUUUCUUCAAGGGCUCAACGGCAAGCUGGCCAAGCAUGCGCACUUCACCAGCCGCAAGCUUUCACCAGCUGAUAAGAGUUUGGAGUUUGACAGAGACUUUCGCAUCCGACACUAUGCAGGGGAUGUGGUGUACUCGGUCGUGGGCUUCAUUGAUAAGAACAAAGACACUUUGUUCCAAGACUUCAAGAGGCUUUUGUACAACAGUUCCAACCAGGUUCUGAAGGUGAUGUGGCCUGAGGGCAAGCUGAGGAUCACAGAGGUUACCAAACGGCCGCUAACAGCAGCAACACUCUUCAAAACCUCCAUGAUCUCGUUGGUAGAGAACCUGGCCUGUAAGGAACCCUAUUAUGUGCGCUGCAUCAAACCCAACGACGUGAAAUCCCCACUAAUCUUUGAGCAGGAACGCUGCCGCCACCAGGUGGAGUACCUGGGACUGCUGGAGAACGUCAGGGUUCGAAGGGCCGGUUUUGCCUACAGGCAGACCUACCCACGCUUCCUCCAGAGAUAUAAGAUGAUCUCCAAGUUCACAUGGCCCAACCACGACCUGCCAUCAGACAAAGAUGCAGUGAAGAAGCUGCUGCAGGGCUGCGGGUUUGAACACGAUGUGGCAUACGGCAAAACCAAAGUCUUCAUUCGCACGCCGCGUACCCUGUUCAGCCUGGAGGAGCAGCGGGCCGACAUGGUCCAGAGGAUUGUCCUCUUCCUCCAGAAGGUGUGGCGGGGGACUCUCGCCCGAAUGCGAUACCGGCGGAUGCGCGCCGCGCAUACCAUCCUGCAGGCCUACCGACGCUACAAGGUCAAGUCUUACAUCCGCGAAGUCAACCGUCGCUUUAGAAACGUGCGGACCAUGAAAGACUAUGGCAGACGUGUGAAGUGGCCCACCCCACCCAAAGUCCUGCGCAAGUUUGAAGAGGCACUGAAGAACAUCUACAACAGGUGGUGGGCAUGGACCCUGAUCAAAGGCCUCUCUCCAGAAGAGACUCUGCAGGUGAGGGCCAAGGUAGCUAGCCUGGAGGCCUUGAAGGGUCAAAGAGCUGACCUGGGGUUACAAAGAGCCUGGGAAGGCAACUAUCUGAAGCGGGAUAGUCCUGACACGGCUUCAUCAUUCACACUGGUUUCUAGCGAGCUGCAGAGGAAAGACAAAUUCAUGAGAGUCCUGUUUUCCUGCAACGUGCGAAAGAUCAACCGUUUCCACAAGACGGAGAACCGGGCUGUGCUCAUCACCGACCGCCACCUGUACAAGAUGGACCCCCUGAAGCAGUACAAACCCAUGAAGAGCAUCCCCCUCUACAAUGUGACUGGGGUGAGCGUGUCUCCAGGCAAAGACCAGCUGGUGGUGUUCCACACCAAGGACAGCCGCGACCUGGUGGUGUGCCUGCAGGGCAUGGUGCCAGCCAACGAGAGCCGCAUCGGGGAAUUGGUGGGCACUCUGCUCAGCCACUUCAAGAGUGAGAAGAGGAAGCUGCAGGUGAACAUAGCGAGCCCUAUUCAGUGCAGCAUGAAUGGGAGGAAGUGCACUGUCAUGGUUGAACCAAAAACCAACCAAUCCCAGCCGGACUUCACAAAGAGCCGAUCAGGUUAUAUCCUGGCUGUUCCUGGAAACUGAAAGGAACCGAAGCCAAAAAUGGAACCAGUAACAGCCGCUUUUGGAUAAAAAUGAUGAUCAUGAUGUUUUGAUUUUCUUUUAUUUUCGUUUUGCAGAGCUGAUUUUUUUUUUUAACAAAAUAGCUUUGUUGUUGAUUUGAGGCUGCUGAAUCCUCAGUUUCCAAAGCCCUGCCAAAGUUUUUUUAAGUGCUUUUACAAUUCAAAGCACAGCAUGAUUAUUCACCAAAGUUGUGUACUUUUUUAUGUUAAAAUCCAAAUUUUUGUUAAUUUGUUCUUUGUGCAAUAUUUUUUAAGUUUUUUUUUGUUUUUUAUGAUUCUUGUUGAUCAAGGUGAGAGUGAAUUUUGGUGCAGAAGUUCCCAGCAUCACUGAUUUUGCAUAAAUUAUAAACCAAUGCUGGUCCAAAUAUAGGAGCAAUUGGAAAAAUGAAGGUUUUGCCUAGCUGGGGUGAAAGAAGGCUUUUUGUAUUGUGCUAAAAUUAAUAAAUAUGUUUGAAAAGGUUCAUUCAAAGGAAAAUUACUUUUGGUUGAGUGACUAAUCAGCUUCAUAAGCAAAGGCGCUGGUUUUUGCUGAACAAAAUCGAGAUUUAUCUUAAAUCACAGGGUUUCUUGCAGGAUGUGUUGAACAUAUCCUAUAUAAAUGUACAGCACAGUAAAAUCUUAUAUAUUCCUUUUUGCUUCUACAUUCAAAUACUAGAAUAGACUUUCGCCCUUGUAAUCAAUUCUGAGUAUAAAUAUCCACAGCAUUUAUGUGUUAUUGCUACGACAGAAGUAAAUGACAGAGAUUUAAAGAAGCAUUGUUUUCUGAAGCUGCAGUGUUGCUGGCCAGUACUGUGUCCUCCCAUCAUCCCAGUCUAUAGUUUCAUUUUGCUGCUUUAUAAAGAAGAGUAAUCUGCAGAGAUCUUUUCUUUCUUUGAGGCAGGGUUCUUCUCCUUCAUCACAAAUAUGAACCCAACUGAAGGAGAGGGAGCUGCACAUGUGCAGAAGAGUUCUUAGGUUAUGACUUUUUGCUGCAGUAGGGGAGAGGGGGUAGAACACAUGGGAGUGGGAGAGCAGCAUUUUCAACAGCAGAUUCUCGAAAUAAAUAUGUAUAUAUAUAUAAAUAUAUACAUAAUUUGAACAAAACCGAGAGGAAUCAAUUUCCCCUAAUUGUGAAAUUUGAAUACAAAUUUACAAAUGAUGUGACCCCAAAUCCUGUUUACUAUCUCAUACAGAAGUCUGCAACUAACAAGUUUCUCUGGCUGACUUUUAUGUUGCGUUUAAUAUAAAAGCUUCAUAUUUUGUCAUUAAUUCCACCUCUUUUUGCAAAAAGGAAUGACACUGGACUGAUGAUAGUUGUGUGUGGAGCUAGAAGGUUUUGGUUAGCUUGCAGUGUAGCCUCUUCCAGCUAAGCCCUGAACACAGCUCAUAUAUGUACAGUGAGUUAAGAGGUGAUAUCUCUGGUGAUGCUGAACAUUUAUUAUUUUGGUCCACUUUGUUGACUUUGGAUGUUCCGGUUAUUUUUCCAUCAAGGUUCAUAUGUUGUUGUUUUUUCCAAAAUUAAAGGACAUCUUUCAUCCUUUAUAAAAUUUUGAGCAAUUAUUUAAAAUUUCAGUUCAUACUGAAAACCACUUUUUGCUGCCUCUAAGAGAAUUCGAGUUUCUGUUCCACUGUGCACAAGGGAAACACGGAUGAAGCCAAAGGAAGCGUUUGUGUCUUCUGCAGCAGAGGCUGCCCUUGUCCCGGUAUUUGAUCAAGGGCUUUGAAGCGGAAAAAGAGCUGUUUAGGGAAAUCGCUGCAUUCAUAUUAUGGAUUAUGCUAGUGACAUUGAUGCUGUUAAUAGAAAGCCUUCAGAGGAGGCACAGGAGUGAGGCGCGUGUUCGUGUGGUUUAUCAAAGUGCAGCCCUGCAUAUCCUGCUAACCUCCCACAGGAUUUCCCUGACUCCUCUCUGCUCAUCAUUAGGAUGGACACUGUCACUUCUCUUCUCUGUGCUGCUCUUGCUGCAAAAAAAAGGGGGGGGUGAACAAAGCCUUGCUUGGCCUCCUCUUCUCGGCUGCUUCUCCUGCCCCCCCCCCCCCCCCCCCAAGUCAUCCCUCCUUCCCUACUUUCUUUAUGUUUUCAAAUCACUUGGCUCCUUGCCUAGUAGGACUAGCUGUCCCAUCCUGCAGGAUAGAGAAGGUAUUUUCUUUCUUUAGCUUUCACUUCCUCACUUCCCCUCCAGCUAUCUAGUUAUAAAAUGGAAAACAAAAGCUUACUUCUAAAUCUUUUUUCUAAAAUCUUAUUUUAUGUUAUUUUAUUUGCCAAAACUGAAAACACUAAAACUCAAAAUCUGUCAUUUUUCUACCAUUUAUUUUCAGUUUCAAAAUAUAAAUCUGCCAAUUCUGAAAUGAAAAUCAUAAUUUACAAUAACAAAGCACAACCGUAUUAUUCUUUUCUAAAUAAAAGUGAGUUGCAAGCUGACCAUAAUCUAUCCACCAAUCAUCCAUGAACAUCUGUCAGCAGCUGUGGAGCUCUCCAAUCCCCCUAGUGUAGCAGUUUUUAUGUUUUUAUGGAGUAUUAGUGCUCCAUAUGCUAACUUCUGUUUUUUCGGUAAAGGUUUUGGACUAAACUGAUUAAACUUUUCCUUUUAGUCCUGUAGCCUUCAGGCUGAUAUCUGAGCUGUUUAAGUUCCUCAAACAUUCCCAUUCUUGCCAGUUUUUCUCCAUAAUUCCCUGCAGCAGAACAUGCAAAGGGAAGGCUGAGGAUUUAUGUAACCACACGUUUUCUAUAGGUCUCAGACAUGGGCGGGGUUAGGUUUUUGCCUCCAUUUAUUACUUGAUGUUUUGACCUCAAAUCUUCCUUAAAAACCUUGAAUCAUCUUAAGGCUCCAGUAUUUCCUAAAACAGUUUUGAUCCUUACAUGUUUUUGUCAUUUCUUUCAUUAAAAACGCACACUUUUUCAUGACUUCUGACACUGAGCUCUCCUGGUAAAUUUGAUCUUUUGAGAAACCAAAAGUAAAUCGUUUUUCUGCUCGUAUGACUCUGUUUGUAGAUUUUUUUUCUCAAAAAAGAAGGAUAUCUGAUUUGCUUUUUUGGUUUUGGAAUAAAUGGAAAUAAAUUAACUUUUUCUUAAUUUCCAUUUCUGGGUACAGACUGGUUACAUUAUUAGUUCUGGCGGGUUUUCUUUUUUAUUGUUGGGGUGAGUUGAUAAAAUAAUUGUUAACUAAUGAAUCCUUAAUUAUAACAUUGAUUCCCAUAGUCAUUAUUUUAAGUAACAAUAGUUACUAUUUUUUAAGUAACAAUAGUUUCUUAUUACUUAAUAAAUCCAACACUGUUGUAUUUGUGCCAUUUUUUUCAUUUAUUUGUUUUCUCUUUUUGUUCUGACAUUUCUAUUAUCAAACCUGUUGAUAUGAGUUAAAGGGAGACAAAUGUCCUUUUCCUGUAAUUUAUUCUGCUCUCAAUGGAUCAAAAACUUCUGUAUGCCCAGUAAUUCUAAAUGUGCCUCUUUUUUUUUAAUUAAGUUUCUAUCUUAUGUAAUAUUUUAUGAAGGUAAAUAUAAAUAAAAUGUAUUAUCCAAAAUCUCUAAAAA